CAGCUUAGCUAAUUCAAGUUCGUUUCGGUUUUCAAAACUGUACACUCUAGUAAAUUGUGGGAGUGCAUAUAGUAACUUUCUUGUAUUCAUUUGAAAAAGCCCAAUUUGUUUAUCGCAUAAAUGUAAGUUAAAAUAGCUAACAGUGUACCUCAUCAAAUUAUUCCUUUGAGAACACACAGUGAAGUAAAACGACGAAGCGUUCUUCGUUUUGUUCUUCCUUUCGGAACUUCUUCAUUCUUCAAACGUAAAGGAAGCACAAAUGUUAGUAAUCAAAUGAUGUGAGGGAUAGAGGUAAUAGAAUCAUGGCUAGUAAGGCCGAAGAUCGCAAGGAGCCAGUAAAUGAACAAGCAGUUGCAAAUAUGUAUGCAGCUAUGAGGUCAGACCUCAACCAAAUAUACACCAAAAUAACGGAACUUGAAAUGGAAGUCAGCGAGCACUCGUUGGUUCUUAAUGCCAUUCAGCCGCUGGACCAAUCUAGACGAUGCUAUCGAAUGAUCGGAGGGGUGCUUGUGGAAAGAACCAUCAAAGAGGUCUUGCCUGCUGUGCAGCGAAAUAAAGAAGGACUUGAAGAGGUUGUUGCAAGGCUCAACGAGACAUUGGAAAAGAAGAAAAGGGAAAUUGCUGAGUUUGAGACUAAAUAUAAAAUCCGGAUGAGGAAGGCAGAUGCUGAGGUGAACGAUGAAUCUGGUAAGAAGGAAGGUUCUGCACAAGGAGUACUUGUGGGCCCUGCGGGUGGGAGCGAGUGACAUUUCUAAUCGUAUUAUGUUUCCUCAAACGAAUGACUUGAAAUUUUCUGCCCUCUUUCACAGUAAUUGGUUGUGGCUGUAUGAUGGAUGGUUUUUGUAGAGGUAUUAGUCUAAAACUUGAUAUGAUCUUCAUUUUAAUUGAUUUCAGCUGAAGUAAACUUAUCUUCAAUGGUUCAAGAUGCAAAUAUGCUGGUGUAGAUUUUUGUAUGCACUAGAUCAUAUAAUGAUAUUAUCGAUAUUAAAUUGUGCUGUAGAAGCAUAUUUUGUGAUAGAAGUUUUUUGAAACAAAAUGCUAAACUUGGAAGAAUAUUAUGACAUAUUAAGAGUUUCAUGUUAAAAAUA